AUGCUUGGAUUAUUGCUAAGAUGUUGUGGCGCUUGAUAGAUCUUUUCAACUUGGAAUAGGUUCAGCAAGAUUGUAGCAGAAGUCAAGCCGGUUCUGAAGGUGAUUUCUUUGAAUUUUCUAGUUUGAUCCAUGGGAAAGCAUCUUCGAAACAAAAGUGCAGGGAUUUCCUUUCAGAAUCAUCAUCCAGGAUGCAUGUGGGGCAUACUUCAUGUUCUUAAGUAUCAUAAUUGGCCUUAUAUCAAGAAAAGAGUUCCAACCAAGAAUAAUGGUGGUAGGAAACAUGCUGCUGGGCAAAAGGGCCCAGAAAAUGACAUAAACUCCUCAAGUGCUGGGGUGUCCACAGUUCCCAGCAAUUCAGAGGUGACCAGUUCUAGGGUUAAGGAAAAGGCGGCACAGUCAACUUCAGGGGGUAAAAGUUCUGUCAAAUCUCGACUUAAGGCACUCAUUCUCGAAGAAAAAUCUAGAAGGAAGGGACAUCACCGAAGUUCAACCUACCCCAUAAAGUCACAAUUGACACGAACUGAUUCAAUUCAUCGUGGUGAACAUCCUGAACUUGGCCCUCUUGCUGAUACAACUUUAAAUGAGCAAAGUAUAAGAAUUCCUAACCAAAAUAAUGAGCCUUCCUUAGCUACCAGCUCUCUGGAUCCUGUGUUACCACAAUCCUCUGAGGAACUGGUUACCAUUGAUGAAAGUUGUGGAGAGUGUAGCAGAAUGUUAACAGGUAAUGACUUAUGGCAUGACCAUGUUGAUGAUAAUGCAAAGCAAGAGACUGAGUAUGACCCGCUUUUUCACAAAGAUCUACACGACAGAAAGCAAUCUGUAUUGAAGCAGAAGACGGAUGGUGCAAAAAGAAUAGCUAAAAGUGCUUCAGCUAUUUACUCACGACACAUGCUGGAUUCUACAGACAUAUUCAAUAUGAACAAGGAGUUUCUAUUGAAAAUACUAGAAGAUCCCGGUUCUCCUCUGGCUCAUUACUUCCAUAAACAACAGGCUGUCAGAGCCAAAAUGGGAUUAACGAAGUCUGAGUCAUUUCCUUUACCUCGAUCAUCAAGAAGAAGAGGUUCUGGACCAAGCAGACAAAAGAACAAUCAGGUUAGUAUUCGGCCCCCUGCAAAAAGAGAGGAGUUUCAAGUUUGUCUUCAAGAAGAAAAGCCACCGAGGCCUGAGUCUGCAGAAGAUAUCUGCAAAAAGUCAAUGCCAUUAAUAGCUGCUGAGCACAGGGCAGAUGGAAUUAUGAAACUAAAUCAAGCAAAGGAAAGUGCUGAUCAUUCUUCUCUUGGUUCAGCCCACCAUUCUAAAAAGUCUAGAGAAAAUCAAGCGGUCAUGAAGCGCUUCAGAGAUCUUAAGCAGAAGAUAAAGCAUGCAAUUAAGGAGGGCAAAAAAGAAAGGUAUAGAAUAACUAUGGAUGCUGUCCUUCACAAAAUUCCUCAUAGAAAGGGGUUCUCCAAGGACUUGACCAGGGAGACUCUUGAUCAAGUUAAGGAUCCCUCAAGGAAGAGAGAUAAUUCUCGUGCACAUUCUACUUGCAAGAGCGGACUGAAGCACAUUCAAAGAACAACAUCUCUUAAUGAGUCCAUGGAUAGAUAUCUGCACUUGUUUGAAUCUAGCUGCCAUAGAGAAGCUGAGCAACACACCCCUGAGAAGCCAAAAUUAAGAAUAGAAGAGGCAGUUUUGCCUCGUAGAAGUGCCCCAAAAUCUUUGGGAAGGAUCCGUUCAUCACCUGAACUCCAUACUUACUACUAUCUAAGCGAGGACUCUACUGAUGCUUUUUCUUCGGAUAUGCCAGCGAGUACUGUUGCAGACAGCACUUUAAGCAUUAGCAGUUUAAAUGAAAAAAAGGUCGGAGAUAUUUCUACAGAUCCAGAAGACCACUUUCAAUCAGAUACUCUUUUGAAAAGUGAAUCUGAAGAUGAUUUGGUAGAUUUUAGUGAAAAGUACAUAGCUAAUGAAGAUCCAUUAGGAUCAAAUUCAGAAGCAAAGGUAGAAGACAUCAUCCGUCUGUCAGGCAACUUGAUUGUAGGGGACACUGCUACUCAAAGUGGACAGAAAUUUGAGCCUGAAACAAUAUCUACUGCAAAACUGGAAGACUCAAUUUCUGACCUUGUGCCUGAAUCCAAUUUUGGAGAGGAUACAACCAGUCUAACGGAACUUUCCUCAUCAGCAGAUACCUUACUAACAACUAGCAGCAAUGACUCGGAGAAAGAACAAGUUUCAGAGAUGGAUUUAAACGGUGACAUUUUGCAAGUUCAAGUGGAGGCAAAAGACAAAGCUAAUUUUGAUUACGUGAGAGAUAUACUGGAGCUAUCUGGAUUCAGUGGUGAUGAAGCCCUUGGUUCAUGGUAUUCAAUUGACCAGCCUGUAGAUCCUUUGGUGUAUGAGGAAGUAGGGGGCUGCAUGCUGUGUGACCCUGACAGUUUGGUGAGCAAAGAAGGCAGUAUUUGCAACCACCAACUUUUGUUUGAUCUAAUCAAUGAGGUAUUGAUGGAUAUUUAUGAGAAAUCAUAUUGUCACUGUCCCAGGCCCCUAUCUUGCCUGAGCCACAUCCGUCCAAUGCCUGUAAGAUACCAUGUUCUAGAGGAGGUCUGGGCAAAUAUAAGCUGGUACUUGAACUUUGAACCUGGAAAUGACCAACCACUAGAUUAUGUUGUGAGCAGAGAUCUAUCAAGGAGUGAUGGUUGGAUGAACCUCCGGUUUGACACAGAAGGUGUGGGGCUUGAGCUGGAGGAAUUGAUUCUUGAGGAUCUUUUGGAGGAAGUCAUGUGGACUUAAAGGUUGUGGUAGAUAAGGCAUGCCAUAAAGUUAGUGAAGAAUAAUAAAUACUAUGUGUAUUA